AGGUGUUCAAACUACUGCCUGAAAAAACGUAUUCCGAGUGGUGGUUCGAAUAUAAAUAGAUAAAAUAUUUUCUCUACGAGCACUUUGAACUUGUUCUCUAAAAGUAAGCUGUUGUAUUUAUUGACCAUAACUAAAAAACAUAACCAAACAACAGGGUAAUCCAAAAAACUCAAUAACAAAUCUCUGUAGCAAUAUAAUUUUACUACAAAGAGACUAGAUACGAAUUUGUAUCAAAAAAAUAUAAAACAAAAUGGGACGUAGGAAAAGUAAACGAAAGCCACCAAGUAAAAAAAAGGCUAUACAGCCAUUGGAUACACAAUUUAAUUGUCCUUUUUGUAAUCAUGAAAAAUCAUGUGAAGUUAAAAUGGAUAAAUCUCGGAGUACGGCAAGGAUAACGUGCAGAGUCUGUUUAGAAGAUUUUCAAACAACGAUAAAUCUUCUAUCGGAACCAUUAGAUGUAUAUAAUGAUUGGAUAGAUGCAUGUGAAAGUGCUAAUUAAAAUAUUUUUAUUAUCAUAUAUAAGAAAACUGUUAAUUCAUAUCUUUCAAUUUAUAAAAUGAAUAUAUUUAUAUUGCAUUAUAUUUUCAUUCGCAAUCAUAUUUAUUAGAAAGUAUUAGCAUUACAUGCUUCAGUAUUUUUUUUAGUUUUAUAAUUGUUAUAUUAUGUACAAUGUAAAUAUUAAAUAUUAUUUUUAUUCUAA